CGUAGCGCAUCUGUAUGAUGUGUAUCGGCAAAAAUACAGCCUUGUGAUGUGUGGGGUCUUCCAGUGAUUUAUCCACACACGGUUAAGUUUAUUUACCCGGCUCUUGUCUAACAUUUUAAAGCCUGAAAUCUUCCCUAGAUUUAACUUUUGAACAUAAUGAGUAGUCUGUGCUGCUCAGAUCUUCAAUAUUAGUCUUCAUAUAUAGCCCAUCAUAAAGUAGCCGAAGAGUCUUACAGGAUCAGAGGAGAGCAUGGCCCAGCUAGAGGAGCCCCAAACUGAGGGAGAAGGCAGCUCCCAGAUGAUCUCCUUAAGAUCAGAGAUGUCAGGGAACCAUGUGGCCGAUGGAGAAGUGGGAGCCCACAUAAGGAGGAAGAGGAGGAAGAAGAAAGACCAGCGUCCAGAGUCCAUUAUUGUUUACCACUCUGAAAUGGAGAGGGGCUCUGGAGAGGACCAAGGCAGUGAGGAGGGAGCAGAAAGGAGCACGGAGGAGGGAGCCAAAUUCCUCUGCACACCUACAGGAGAAGAAGAAGGGUGGAGCCUUCCUCCAGACAGCCGCUACGUGACCCUAACAGGCACCAUCACCCGAGGAAAGAAGAAGGGUCAGCUGGUGGACAUUCACCUCACUUUGACAAAGAAGGAAAUCAGGGAUCUGGCUAAGUCAAAGGAACGUCUCGACGCAGAAUGUGAGGCAGGGGAAGGCUACAAACGCAACUGCGGCUUAGGCGUGUGUCAGGGACCCCAUGUCGUCCUGUGGAGCCUCUCCUGCGCUCCUGUGAUUUUCCUCCUCUCCUUCAUCACUUCCUUUUACUACGGCACUCUUACCUGGUACAAUGUCUUCCUGGUGUACAAUGAGGAGCGGACGUUCUGGCACAAGAUUACAAUAUGCCCCUUCCUCAUCAUCUUCUACCCCAUGCUCAUCAUGCCCAUGGCGCUGUCCCUGGCUCUGUACUCUGCCGUGGUGCAGGUGUCCUGGGCCUUCAGUGAGUGGUGGCAGGAUGUCAGAGAUAUGGAGAAAGGUUUCUGUGGCUGGGCCUGUGGGAAGCUGGGACUGGAGGACUGUUCCCCCUACAGCAUAGUAGAGCUUAUUGACUCUGAUACUGUUUGUGGCACUCUGCAUAGCAAGGCCCCCAGUGAACUCGCCCAGACCUCAUCAGUGUGAAGUGGUGGUAUGCUGAGGUGCAAGGCACAUAUAGGAGUAGGCCUAAAUCCAAGUGAUACGCAAGAAAGUUAGAGUCGCUUAUGGGGAAGUACUUGAAAGCUUUUCUGUAAUUGAUGAUCAAAGACUACCUGAAUAGUUCCAAAAUUCAGAUCUAUUAUGCAUCAUGGGAUCCAGGCCACUAUAAAUUAUUCCUCUAAGCAUGCGAGUGGUAAUUUUUGUUAUUUUUAAGUUGUUAUGGUUAUCCUCCAACAACUUUAUCCUUCUUAUAACUUUUUGAUAUUUUAAGGCCUCAGUGCCUCCUGUAGUGAAGUUUGGGUAAUCUCACCUUGUUCACUGCUCCAUAUGUUGUUGGAGGCCUGAAAGUUCCACCAAGUUCCACUUCAUCUGUAAAUAUCUGUAAUUAAAUGUAUGUGCUCACAGAGCUGCGCACUGAUGUAAAACACUGGAUGCAUUUCAAAUGCUUGUAUGUAAAGUCAUCAUAAUCUGUGAAUUUGUAUUUGAAGUAAGGCUGGAUUACUAACAGGAAACAAUGGGUUCAGAACUUGCUUUAUUAAAUGUGUUUUAUUACUGAUUGAUCUGGGUGUAUGCACCAUCCACAACAAUAUUGUUGAAAUAAUGAGCACCGGGGGAAACAUGACAACUUUUCCCUUUACCCUCACUAGCAUUUCCUUUAGUUACUGUGGUUCCGCUAGUUCCGUUAUUUGGGAUAGUGACCGCAAAGUCUUUGGUAACUUGGGAUAGCUACCAGGAAAAAGAGAGAUGCAUCCUCUUCCUGUUUCUUUGUGCUUCUUCCUGUUUCUAUUGUGCAAAUAACAUUUAUUGUACAAGUUGCUGACACGAAUACUAGUGUCUGGGCAUCUAAAUGUUGCUGCUUUGUGCACACAUUAAGUACAUAGUGUUACAGUGUUCUGACAGACAGAAGAACAGGGAUCAACAGCAGGUUAAUCCAGCCAUUUUUUGAAGCCAUAGUCAGAAAAAGCUGACAAAUUAGGCAUUUCUCUGGUGUAGUCAUGUGUUUUCAUUGUCAUUCUUCAUAUAUUUAAGGCACCAUCAACACAGAUGUGUGUGAUCUUAAACUACAUGUGUUGUCUUCACAGUUUUGUUCCACACACAACUUAAAAAAUAAGUAAUUUUCCAGUGUUCAUGUUACAUUUACACCCAGUUACAUUUGAAUGUUGAUUUAAUUUAUUUUAUAUAUUUAAGACUACUCACUUCCUGUCUUUGUUUUAGCUAUUUGUUUUAUACUCUGGCACUAAAUGUAUUGCAAAUGGUUAUCAUGAACAGAUUUUGUUGGUUUAAGUUGAUCAGAUAGUUAAAAUAUUUGUUUUAAAAAAUAUUUAUGAUCAGUCCUUGUUUGGUUUUAUUAUUCAAUUUUGUUUCAAACAAACAGUGACAUUAAUCAGUGGUUGUGUCUUUAUUCCAUGUUACAUGUUGUGAGACCACAGAAUGCAAAGUAAAGUACACAAAUGAA